AGAGCGCAGAUGUCACAAAGAUAAGGGUGUAGAUACUGUAUGUGACCUCAGUAUACGACACGCUGCACGUACUGGAGUACACUAUCCUGUGCAUAAACCGCUUCCAUCGUGCAUUACUGAUACGAAGCAAGUACAAAACAGUACUUCACCAAUAGGCAUCAGACAAACCGCCUUCACAUCCGCACUCGGAUCACAAGCGCACGUGUAUUGUAUAUAUUGUGGGCAAGCUGUGUGAGAAGAACGUGUCAAGUCGUAGGUACAUAUUGGUUAGUAUAUUGAUAGGCAUACAUAUAUUGGCAGGAAGUGACUAUGGAGGGUGAUAAGAAAUCCAAGAUGACUAAGACCGGUACAGGUGUGAGACGGUUCAAGCUCACUGCCGUAGCCGAUAUUGUUGAGAACAUGGGAACACCCAAAAGUGCACUCAAAGAUGCCAGUACAGAUGCACCCAAAAGUGCAGUCAAAGAUGCCAGUACAAAUGUACCUCUACAUAUCAAUACAGAUACGAGCACGGCUACACACGGGGACCCCUCAAGCAGGAGCCCGUCACCCGGCAAUACGGACCAAGCACAUGAUAAAACAAUAGUCCCUACACUUACGAGUGCAGCGGGAGGGGUGCAUACCACAGUAGGAGAAAGCAGCACAGAGAAAGAUUCUGGUGGGGAUGUCAACGGUGAGACUGAUGCGAGUACGAGCGGUAAGGAUCUUGAUGCUGAUAAGACCAGCAAAGACACUGAUAUAAGCAGUACUGAAGGGCACUCUCAGACCGACAUGCGCUGUCUCCAAGAGACAAAUAAGGAUACAAGGAAGGGUCCACAAGGGAAUAAAAAGAGUGUGGAGGGUGUAGGGCGUGAGCGCAAUGGUGUAGUCGCGAAGAAGUCGGUCCAGUUGGGGUCUAGGCAGUCACUGCCACAGGAAGGGCCUCAACGGCCCGGCUCGCCUCUGGCUGUGGUGAGGAAGCCGAUGAGUGGGGUGGCUAGUGUAAGUGUGCAGAAGGUGAACUCCAGUAACAAUACCAGCGGCAGUGAUAGUAACCACACACAACACGGUGCGAAAGAGACCGCACCAUUUGGGGAUGUAACAUCCGUGCGUGUGCUGCCAGAUACUGUUAUCAAGGAUGACAAUGCUCAGACAGGCGGUGCGAAGCAGGGUGGAUCGAAAAGCCCGGAUGUUUCUGCGAGUGCGAUUGCUAGUAGUACAACCGCACAUAUACCCCAACAAGAACAAGCACAAGCGCAAGCAUCGACUGCACGCAAGAAAACACCGCCGCAGGCCAUUCCGGAGCGAAGCUCAGCCGGGGUUAAGGGAGGUGGGCGUGGUAUACCCACCCCUGGGUCCCUACCAUCCUUGCCCAGUCCGGUAUCAGAGAGUCUGUUAUUAGAAGUGCGUGCUGAGGCACAGCGCAUGAAGUCCGAUCCCACCCAUUUCAUGAACCCGUUGUCAAGCACGUCUGCGCCUGUGGUCACCGCCAAGAGUGGGGUGAAGCCCAGCAGAUUCACCAUAUACGAUCCCAACAUGGGUGUGGGGGCUGUCGGCGUGAAUGCCACAGAUGUGGCGGCCGGUAGCGCCGGUAGCAGUAAGAAUAACAGUGUGUUGAAUCUGGUCGCGAGUGGUCCUAAUAGCGGCCUGGACAGUGCGGGUGCCAGUACCGUUGCACUGGCCAAUGUGGGUUCGAGUGGACAGGGUGUGACUGUAGCGCUCAUACCGUUGGCGACGGAUAAUGUCGGGGUGGCGGUGAAUCCGGGAAUACCCAUGUACGCGGCUCCGUCGGUGGCUCAUAUGCCGGAUAUGGAGUACUCACGGAGUAGAUUUAAAGUGAAAGAUACGCAUCCAAAUGGAGUCAUCGGAGGAGGGGGUGGCGGCGGUGUACUGGGGAGCACCCGGCCAGCGCGGAGUCAACCAAUAACCACCACCACCCUUACCACAACAACUACCGAUACCGAUUUGAAUGGUACAACGGUUGUGCGUCACCAGAGUAGCAAUAUAUUCAGUAGUGCUGGCGUGGGUAUGGGUGUUCAUGGGCAUGUGGCUGGGUCUGUAGUUUUACCUGUAGGAGAUACAUCAUCGCAUCUGUACACAACGGCCGACGGGGUGGUGAGGAGUGUGAAUGGCGAUAUCAAGCAUGCAGAGAACGCCAGUGGACUACAUGGUGUACCUCCCACGCCCUCCCGGUUUGUGGUGAACGGUGUGCCGGAUGCUUCUGGUAAUAAGGGACAUGCAGCAGCACAUACUGCAGCGCAGGCUCAGAUGACGGCGCCGAUUCAAACACAGGUACAAGGGGCCAUUCCAGUCGGACGCUUUAGAUCACUACAACACGGCGUUAUCGAUCUUUCACACGCCCCGCCGCGACAGCUCACUCCCACCCCACAUCAUAUGACUCAGCAUCGCAUGGAGCAGUUGCAGCACCAGCACCAACAGCAGCAGCACAGAGGGCAGCUAGGAUCGCCCAUCAUGUCGCUCGUGCACCCUCAUGGGGGUCAGAUACUCUACCAGACCGCCUCGAAUGUAACGCCUGUUAUGUAUAUGCCAUCCAGUCAGUCUAUGUAUUCAUCGGUCGGCAUGCCGUUGAUGGACGAUGGACACCCGCAGCCAAUGACGCAGCAGGAUGUGCUUGGGGGUAUACCGGCGGGGAGUGAGGCCCAUGGGGGUAAGGCUAUGCCCGUGGGUAUGGAAGACCAAGACAUGCACCAAGCAGGCCAUGGUAUGGAGAGUGAUGAUCUCAACUACGUGUAUGUGUCGGCGGACGAUGUGAGUGUGAACGGUGUGCCGGUGGAUCCCCAAGGGGUGCACCAGAAGUACAUGCCCAUGCCGGUGAAUUUCAGGAGGGUUGCCCAGACGGGUCUAGAUGCGCUGAAGAAGGUUAGGAAGAGUAAUGUGGAGCAGCAGAAGAUGCUCAAAAAACUCAUCGAAUUCCAUCGACCGGGCAUGGAUGUCAUCUCCAGCGGCACGUUCAUGGACAAGUUGGAUUUUAUGAAAGAACAGUUCGUGGCGCUGAACAAGGAAAACGAGUUACUACUCGAAAAUAAUCGCAAACUCAGACAGGAGUGCGAGAAGAGAGGGAUCAAGACUCCCGAUCCCUAUACAACAGCCGUCACACAGGACAACUUCUCCAUCCCACCUAUAGUACAAGCGCCGCAAAGUAAUGAGCAGUUCCAGCCUAUGAUGAUGGCCCCGGUGUAUGAUGAGGCACAGGGUAGCACCCAGCGGGUCAUGCCCAUGCCCAUGCAGAUGGAUAUGGGGCAUCCACAGCAUGUCGCGUAUGUACCGGACAUGUACGACGGCAUGCAGAUGCCUUAUGCACACGCGGGGAGCGAUAAUCAGGUGCCUAUGGGUGCCUAUCAGCCUGUCGGUGCAUAUCAUGACAUGAAUUACGGCUCCUAUAUGACUGCAGAAAAUGGUGACUUGAAUAACGGGCAAUCCCACGAUGGGUUUGCGCAGACUGCGGGGUAUGAAGAGUUCACGGACUGGAGGAGUGUGGACAAUAGCACGGAGUUUGACCAUCGAGCGAGCUUGCCGGAGAUUUCUGACCCGGCCGCUAAUAACUGGGUUAGUGAUUUCAGUUCUGCUACAGUAUCGGAUGGUGCAGUCUCGCACACCCAGGAUGCCUCUGUGGAUUGGGGCUCACAGCUUACGAAUACGUACAGCGGUAUGGAUAUGAAUGGGGGCUACCCCCACGCAGAGGUGGUCGGUGUACCCGUGGGUUAUGGUCUGGGUCUAAAUGCUGGCGUGCCUGUGCACGUUCCGAUAGAUAGUCAUGGUGUGUAUGGUGCGAAUGGGUUGUACACGACACAUCCGCCAGUGUUUCAGCAGGCGGCCAUAGUAGGGGCUCAGAACACGCCUGGCUGGAUGUACAAUAGCACAUCGACGCUGAAGCAGGAAAAUUCUGCGCCCACGCAGCCAGUCCCGCAGUCGGGGCAGACAACACCACAGACACAGACGCAGGCGCAGGAUCAUUUACCGACCUUUCAGCAGCCACAAAUGCGACGCGUAACUCCCACUCAGGAGCAGAUGGGUGCCUUCGCUCAGGCGCAAAUACCAACACCGGUUCACGCAGUAGUUCCCGGUGUUGCUGAUAUAGUAACAUCUGGUGUGCCGUUGAUGACACCCAUGGGCGCGUUUCCCACAGUGCCACUGCAACAGCCGCAGCAGCAGCAGCAAUUGAACUCCCAGCAUGUCUUGCAGGCACAGAAUAUGCAGAAUGCGCAGACCUUGCAACAGGCCCAGAAUGGACAGCAAUCGUGGAGUGACCAGCAUCCUCAGUCACCGCUCGUGCAGCAGCAACAGGCACAACUGCAGCAACAGCAAGUGCAACUACAGCAUAUGCAGUAUAUGCAACAGCAAGCGCAGUAUGUGCAACAGCAAGCAUAUCUACAGCAGCAGCAUCAAUCGGAACAAAAUCAGCAGUCACAACCACCGCCACGCCCACGGCCGCCACAGCAGGGCUCCAUGCCCAACCCCACACCGCACGCACAAUUACAGCAGCAACAAAAUCAGCAGAGAGAGAUGCAGAAGAAACACGUGCAGCAACUAAGGCAACAGCAGCAGCAGCAGGGCCAACCUGUGGCUGAGAGUGCCAGUAAAGGACCGAGCACGGCUGUUAAAGGUAGUGCAAGUCCUACAGCCAAGAGUGGUGCGAGUUCAAGUGUCAGAGGGAAUGCGGGAUCCGGUACUGGUACUGGUGGCGGCGCCAAAGCUCCAGUAGGCGGACACAGCGCUCAGCAGGUGUUGCAGAAGAAGCAGCAGCAACAAAAGCAAAUUAGAGAGCAACAAGCGCAGAAACAUGCACAAGCACAAGCAACCCCGCAGCAACUAAUUGCGGUACAAACCUCCAGUAUGCCGGCUUCGAAUAAUACUAACCGGGGCCAAGGUUCAUCUAUUGCCGAGCAUAGCAGAGUGUCAGCAUCUAAUUCAAUGCCUAUGAAUCAGCAACAAAAGCAGCAAGAAGCGAAACGUAAGUCAGGACAAGUUCCGACCAAAACUCAAGCCCAGAUGUCAAACAAGACGGGUGGAGCACAGCAAACGAGCCACCAACAGCAACGAGUGAAUAGCAGUGGCGGUGGUGCAACGAAUGCUCGUGCAUCCUUGCCUUCGUUGCAAAAUACGCCUGAGCCGCUGCCGAAUGUCAAUAUGCACCAAUCUACUGGCCACAACAAUAAUCAUAACCAGAACAUUGCGCAGCACAACAACAGCAAUCCUACCAGCAAUACACCACAUAAUGGCCCUACCACUCUUGCAACUCUUCCAUCAGCCGCAUCCAGAGGGACAGCCAGCCAAACUGGAGAACUUCAGCCUAUCUCACAACCGCAGUCGCUGCUACAGCAGCAGCAAGCGAUGUUGCAACAGCAGCACAUGCAACAGCAACAAAUGCUUCAAAACCGCCAACAGCAGCAACACAUGCAACUUCUGCAACAACAACACAUGGUGCAGCAGCAACACAUGCAACAGCAAAUGCAACAACACCAACAGAAUAUGUAUAACGCUCAGCUCACUCAGACCACAGCUGGUCAGCCCAGCGACCAGUCAGCGAAUCUAAACUUGGCAUCGCACCACAAUGCCAGCGUAUUGUCUGGUUCGAUGCAGCGUCCACAACCGCAACAACUGCAUACUGGACAACCACAAGGACAGCCGGCCAAAUUCAAUCAACCAGCCUUGAAUCGACAUCCUGGACAAGGUAGCGUAGCUGCAUCGCGACCUCGAACUCCGCCGAUACAAAAGUCCUCAACCACUGGCGUAUCUGCAACGGAUACAAAAUAAAGUGUUGAUGUGAAGAAGGAGUCUGUCGUUUUGGCUACAUCAUGAGUGGACAAUAGGUGGUCAGUGUGCUGAAUAUGAGUGGUAUUCAAACGCAGAUAUCGAGUGGCUCCCCCGGCGCUGUCCGUUAAACACAAUAGAGUGCACUGCAGAAGUCGGCUUCGCACACAUGAGCGAAUAGCUUCUAAGGCACGACACACGGAGAAUGUCUAUAGUAUAGCUCUCUCAAACAACGGAAUCGGAUUAAAUUGCACGCCAUUAAAUGCAUGAC